AUGGACAAGCCAGGGCUUAGUAAAAUACGUAAGGUUAAAGAUGAAAAUCGGCAGUUUCAAGAAAUUUGGACUGAGAAAUACUUUUUUGUAUGGUCGCAUAACAAAGUCGUUUGUUUAAUUUGCAAGAAUUCUGUUGCGAUUGCAAAGGAAUAUAACGUAAAAAGGCACUAUGAAACGCAGCAUCCUAGUUUUAUCAAGUUUACAGGCGAAUUAAGAAAGCAAAAAAUGUUGCGGGAAAACGGGUUAAAACGGGAGCUGAUUGGUCAGCAAGCUAUGUUUACAAAACCCAUUCAAGAUUCAGAAACAGCUACAGAAGUUAGUUAUGAAAUAUCUCGAAUGAUAGCAAAGCGAAGUCGCCCCUUCAAUGAUGGGGAUUUUGUAAAAGAAUGCAUAGAAAUUGCCGCUAAGAAAAUGUGCCCAGAAGCAACAAAAAAGUUUGAGAAAAUGCAACUGAAUCGUAUGACUAUCCAAAGACGAAUUAUGUUUUUGUCAGGUAAUAUUGCGGAACAAUUAAAUGAAAAAACUAAGAUCAUUGAAUUUUUUUCAUUAGCACUCGACGAAUGCACUGAUAUUAGUUCCACAGCUCAACUUCUCAUAUUCAUACGAGGUGUUACUCAAGAUUUUGAAGUCUUAGAAGAGUUAUUAGGAAUGUGUUCAUUGAAAGGUCAAACCAGAGGAGUUGAUAUACUCAAUGUACUUUUGGAUGAGUCUUCAAAAACUAAUUUGGACUUAUCAAAAUUAUCGGGAGUUGCGACUGACGGUGCUCCUUCGAUGAUUGGUGUCAAUUCUGGCUAG